ACUCCCACCCAGGUCGCUGAAUCGCCAGCCAAGGACGAGUCCAAAUUCAUCCCUCGACGGCCAAAGAGGAGAACCCCUGCGAAGAAGAAGGCGCCCAGGAAGCCGAAAUGGGACGCCGAGAGUAUCAUCAAGGAUCCAAAGUCGCCUCUAGCCACGGCGAAUCUGAGGAGCAUCCUAUGCAACCCCAUGGCAUGGUCAUGCCUAGACCAAGCCGACAAGGCGGAGAUUCUAGCCCUCUUCCCCGACAGAGAUCACAUUCUCGACGCCGGCACGGCAGACGCGCGCCCUGACCUCGCGUCGCUGAUGAAUGACGACAGCUUCCGCUACGACUGCGCCGCGUACACGGAGAACAUUGCGCAGGGCCGACACGAUCCCGAGUGGCUUGCGUCAGCAUGGAGCGCGCACGAGAGGAGGAAGGCGGGCGACUUUGAUGAGUUUCUGGUAGAGAGGCUGGAGGAGGACUGGGGAGUCGAGAUCCCGGCGGGGAUGAGGAUCGUGAGG